AUGGGUGACCCUCAAUAUCUCUCUUUCCCCAAACUCGCCCUCGCUCAAUCCGUCUUUACCCUCGCAUCCCCAUCAACAGAUCACGCAGCGAAGGAGACUUCCCGCACCGCCCUUCAAGAUGCCAUCCGCGAACACAAAAUGGCGCCUCUAUACGCCUACCUCGCACAUCCACAAACGGGCAAACUCAACAUCAGUGGUGAAGGAGGGAGCGGUGCACUGAGUCCCGUGAUCUCGAGAACGAACACCCGAUCCGAGGCUCCACCAGCACAUCUCUUGCGAAGAACGAGUUCGAUCAAUGCACCGAGUAUCGUUGGUGUGCUAGGUGGGAAGCUGGACCCAUCGGCGACGCUGGCGUGGGACGAGAAGCUGUACGAGCAGUUGAAGGAGGAGAAUGAGAAGGAACUAGCUACCAUCGCCAAGGAAGAAGAGGAUGCGGCCGAGACACAGGGCGAGACGGAGGUACAGGGCAGUCGAGCCAAGCGAGCGGAAUUCUACGCACGAGUCGGUGAUAAGGAUAAAGCACUCGAGGCUUUCGAGGCACUGAUGGAGAAGACGGGGAUUCUGGCUACGAAGAUUGAUAUUGUGCUUGCUAUUAUCCGGAUAGGACUUUUCUUCGAUGACAAGUUGCUUGUGAAGAAGAAUGUGGAUCGCGCGCAGCAGCUUGUAGAGAGCGGUGGUGAUUGGGACAGACGGAAUCGGCUCAAGGCUUACUCGGGUCUGCACCUCCUUACUAUCCGCGCCUACAACCUUGGAGCUUCUGGUCUUCUGGAUUCGCUAUCGACAUUCACUUCUUCGGAACUGUGCUCCUACUCCGAACUCGUCGUCUACGCCACUCUAGCCGGUGCAGUAAGUCUCCCACGUCGGGACUUCAAAUCCAAGGUCGUAGACGCACCAGAAAUUCGCGCCAUCUUCGGCGCCGGAUCGGAAGAAGAACGCCUCGCCGCUCUCUCAGGCACUGCAGCAGACGGCGAGGAAAUGGCAGUCGACGAGACCUCACAGAAGAAGAAAAAAGACGCCACGGCCACACCGAACCCGACCGCUGUCAACCUCACCACCCUAGCCUCUGGCUCCGCCUCAGCAGAUGCACAAGCAGCCGCCGAACCCAAACUCGAUUUCACGCCCCUCGCCACCAUGAUCUCAAGCUUGUACAACGGGAACUACGCCUCUUUCUUCCGCUCGCUCGCCGCUGUUGAGGAGAGCUUUCUCUCCAAGGAUAGGUAUCUGUACGAGCACCGCAGCUGGUUCGUAAGGGAGAUGCGGCUUAGGGCUUAUCAGCAGUUGUUGCAGAGUUAUAAGGUGGUGAGUUUGGAGAGUAUGGCCAAGUCGUUUGGGGUGGGCGUGGAGUGGUUGGAUCGGGAUCUGGCGCCUUUUAUUGCCGGGAAGAGGUUGCAGGCGAGUAUUGAUCGGGUAAAGGGGGUGGUGGAGAUGGAGAGGGUACAGGGGAAGGGCGGACAGUAUCAUGAUGUUGUCAGACAGGGCGAUCAGCUUAUCACUAAGUUGCAGAAGUAUGGGCAGGUUGUGAGGUUGAGGGGCAGUGAGAGGAGCUAG